AUGAAAAUGAAGAUAUCGAACAUAUUAUGGAACAACUCAAAGAGUAGUCGUUCUGAUUGUUCUAAAGAGCAAUCGGUAACCGAGCCAACCCAUGAAGCGAAUUUUGCAGUGAAUUGGGUUGAUAGUUGUGAAACUUGUCUAGAAGAUGGCAAGAAGUUUUGCAAAUGCGGAAAUGAUAAUGAUGACGGCGGUGAAGAGUUGCAGUCUACGGUUAAGAACGAGGCGAAUGAAGCAGAGGCAUGCCCGGUUGAAGCCAAUAGUUCAUUCCUUGAUUCCGUUGUUAAUAUGAGCGGAAUGCUCAUAGGUCUCGGCCAACUCUCAACACCAUAUGCACUAGAAAAUGGAGGGUGGAUUUCAAGUUUCUUACUUAUAGCUCUUGGGAUCGCAGCCGCAUACACCUCACACCUCCUUGGGAAAUGCCUUGAUAACAACCGGAAAACAAGAAACUACACCGAUAUAGGCUACCAUGCUUUUGGGAGCCGUGGAAGAGCCAUAACGGCGGCAUUCAUCUACAUGGAAAUCUUCAUGUCUCUUGUUUCGUACACCAUCUCGUUGCAUGAUAACUUGAACAUGGUCUUCCUUGGAACCCAUGUCCGGUUUUCAUGGGCUCAACAUUUGUCAACUUCUCAAGUCCUGACCGUGUUCGCGGUGUUGAUUGCCUUGCCUAGCCUCUGGCUUAGAGAUCUCUCCUCUAUUUCGUUUCUUUCAACAGGUGGCAUCAUUAUGUCACUAAUGAUUUUUGUAACGGUGGUGUGUACGGCCCUGUUUGGAGCCGUCUCCGCCAAUAAAUCAAUUCCUGCUCUCCAACUACGAAACAUCCCUCACAUCUCUGGCCUGUACAUUUUUAGCUACGGCGGCCAUAUCGUUUUCCCUGAUAUACAUAGGGCCAUGAAAGACCCUUCCAAGUUCACCAAGGUAUCAAUCGUGAGCUUCACAUGUGUGACUUUGCUAUAUACAUCCUUAGGCUUCGUGGGUGCCAAACUAUUUGGACCAGAAGUAAAUUCACAAGUUACCCUCAGCAUGCCUCGAGGCAAUGUCCUCACUAAAAUUGCGCUAUGGGCAACAGUUUUGACACCAUUAACCAAAUACGCGCUAGAAUUUGCACCUUUUGCAAUACAACUUGAACAUCGUUUUCUUUAUUCUAUGACAUCUCGAACCAAGAUGAUCAUAAGGGGUACCAUUGGCUCAAUUUUGUUGCUACUCAUACUCGUUUUGGCCCUAAUGGUCCCAUACUUUCAGUAUGUGCUUGGCCUUACUGGCUCGCUUGUCACUGGGGCGAUUGUACUUAUUCUUCCGUCAGUCUUUUACAUCAAGAUUUUUUGGAACGAGAUCUCAAAGCCCGUUUUGGCUCUUAAUGUGCUCCUCAUUACUAUCGGCUUUCUUCUGGGGGUCUCUGGAACAAUCUCUUCUUUGAAGUUGCUUAUGGAAAAUUUUGAAAGGAUUCACUCAACUUCUUCCUAA